AUGCGCGAGCUCAAAUGCCAUUUCGACAAUAACUGCAAACUCGAUGAAAUCACGCGAAGGUUUUGCUCAAAGUGUCGAUUAGACAAAUGCCUGGCCGUCGGAAUGAGACGGGACUGGAUAUUGAAUGAAGAGGAACGGGAGAUGAAAAGACUCAGGAUAUUAGAAAACAAAAACAAAAAGGAUAACAGUUUUAAUAGUAAUGAUGAAAGUCUUGAAUCAUUGAUACACUCAUCGCAGGAAACAUCGCUUGGAAAUGACAUCUCAAACACCAAUAAUAACACAAAUAAUGAUAUUUUAUGCGAAAUACUCGAUGACAUCAAUUUCAGUGCCGAUGCUCUCAACCAACAGAUUAUGGAAAUAGAGAGCACUGUUUCCAAAGAUUUCAUUGAUUAA